CACACUAUUUGUUACAUAACGUCAAAUUAAACACCGCAAUCAAGAUGUAGCCAGGGUGAGGUAUAUAAAGUUAAUAUGUACAUAAUUCAAUCAACAACCGUUUCUCAUUAGUCGAAGGUUAAAAACCAAGUAAACAAGCAGGAAAGAUGAAAACUCAAAAUUCUUAGAAUAAACAAAUCCAUUUCGUCAUCAGCGAGUCAAGGAAACCCUCUUGUUCAUGGAUAUGAGUCAUGCAGCUAUUUGCAUAUCGCAUCAUCGAUCGCAUGCAUACCAAUAUUAUGACAACGUCUUUAGCAUUCGAAACGAAAACCGUUGAAGAAACAUGGCACCAAACGGGUUCGAUUUGGAGAAAAUUCGAAGAGAAUUCACGGCAGCCCUUCACGAAGAUGGUACAAUAGAUCUGGACCACUAUUUAUGCGGGCAUUGUGAGAUAACAAGAUUGCUAUCACUCCUGGGUACCGUGUUCGGGUUUGUUGCGUCCGACAUGAAAACCAAAUGCAACAUCAUCGACAGCCAUCGAGAGGACCACCCUGAGGAAUUCACCACCGUCCAGACUAUGAUCGAUUACGAGAUGCGUGAGAACCUCACGGCGCGGAAGGACGAGAAAGGGCGCGACAGCGGCUGCCGGACCUUCCUCCGACUUCACAGAGCGCUCGAGUUCUUCUGCGUCCUCCUCAAGCGACUGAAACCCGCCAAGGGGACAGACCCAACGUCGACUCUCACGUCGAAAACGUACGGGGAAACGCUCGGGAAGUACCACCCGUGGGUCGUGCGGCAGAUGGCGUACCUCGCGAUCAAGACAUUGCCGAACAAGCAGCAGCUCAUUCACCGUUAUUGUUUGCAAGACGCGGAGGAAGCGCAGGCACUAGUUAUACUCUCCCUUCAAGCGAUGGAGGUGGUCUACGACAAAACGCAGGAUAUCUUGGCGCACCACGAUCUACUCAAUUUACCUUAACCCCUUCUAAUAGCCACAAAUUAUAUUUAUAUAAUAUACACCUAAAAGCAACUGAAUAUUAUGGUGGGGAAUAAAAUUUGUGUAAAAUGUCAAUGCCUAGCGUCAUUUUUGCAAGUCUUUUUCCAGUGUCGAUGCCCUCUUCUGCCAAAAAAGAACUUGUACGAGUACUAUUAAUUGAAUUGUUUAUAUUAAGAUUGCAUAUUUUUCACAAUAUGUAAUGUUCAUGUAUGUUGUGAAACGCCUUUUUCCCGUAGACGAUAGAAAAGGGUUUGCCGCACAGACGCAGUUUGACCUUUGACCUUCGAUUGGGGAUGGGCAGUAUGCAUAGACCAAACCCCUUGAGCCUAGCAGUGGCAAGGGAAAAUGAUGUGCUAUGGCAAUGCAAGCUGAAUUCUAUUACGUAGGCUGGUAUGACCAACUGCAAGUGCUAUGAAAUGGUUUUUCUAUCAGACUAUGGAUUGAUUGUUUCUUUUCUUCUUUUUCUUUCAUUGUCCGUAUUUGACACCCUUAUUAUUAUGAACUGUAUCGCACAGAAACCAUACCAGUUAUUGAGGCUUUAUAUACUAUUAUCUUUCAUUGUACCCUAGAGCUAUUCAGAAUUUUGAUGAAAAUAAUGUUCUAUUUUUAUUCUAUUGAACUUUCAUCAAUGCCAACUACCACAUCUUAGCAGCAUAUGCACGUGUUUUACCAAGUUGCCCCCAUAAAAGCAAAAGUUAUUGAAAAAUGAAAUUUUUAGAGAGUAGGUAUGUAUGUAUGUGAAGCCUCAAGUUUUGCAAGCGGUAUAUUCGUCCUGAAGACGACAAGAACACACUUGUCGAAACUUUGAGGUCCUUUUCAGGACCAACAAUGCCCAAGAAAGAUACAUGGUGUACCGUGAAACCUACUACACUAUUCUUCUUCAACAUGGAAACGUUCAGAAGUUAAUAAAGAAUGUAUUUGUCGUGUAGCAAAGAGAGGGAAAAUGAUGCUUCCUUUGUUCCAAACCAAGACAUACUGUCAGCUGAGAAUCUCUUUCUUUGGUCUAUUAAUAGCGUACUGUUUUGUAAACAACUGAAAAUUAUUGGCAUGCUUAAUAAUGCUUACACCUACAUUUAGUCAUUGGUUUUUAAAAUAAGUCACAUACGUGAACCCUAUAGUGCAAUCGUGAAUAGAGGCUUUGAAGUCAAGAUAUUUUCUUUAGUUUAGUGGUUUUGCAUAUUUUUUAAUGAUCAUUAUUUUUAUCACAAAACUAUUGUAUGGAUUAAAUUUCAACUUUUACAUUAGAUAUAGUUUGGUAUGAUUUUUAAAACUACUGUACUAUGAAUUAUUUGGAUAUAAGAGAGAGCCUUCUGAAUCUGACCACUCUUGCAAUGUGAAAAUAUUAAAGGUCAAAUAAUUAUAUGCGUAUACUUUUUGUAGUAUGGACCAUAUAUAUAAUGAUCGUGAUGUAAUGUUGAAAGCCUUUCAAAUCCUUAUUUAUUUAUUUUUUUUAGAAUUUCUAUUUUAAUUGACAUAGUUUGCACUGUACAUUGUAUUUCACUUCGAUGGCACAAUCAUCUGUUUUAAUUACCGUAGUUUAGCAUGACCGCACAAACUAAGAGUUUGAAGUUAAGAAGAAAGAAAAAAUCUUUGUUAAUUACUUAAGAGGAGGCAAAUGUAGACAGAUUUUGGAAUUGAUUAUUUGUUUGCCUGUCGAAUAUUGGAUGCGAUAACUGUCAAACAAAUUUUCCUUCCAGAAUGGAUGAAUGUAAAAUUUUUUCAGAAAACCACCCCCCCCCUUCCAAAAAGGCCUAUUUACGCUCAUAAACAGGUAUGCCUGCCUACAGAAUAAUACAACGGGGAAUACAUGUAAUUUUGCUUUUACAAAUUUGAAUAGCAUUUUUGGUCCUAAGAGAAAAGCUCUCAACUACAUGUAAGUAAUGUACAGUCCUACAGCGUAUGUACAAAUAUGCUAUAAAAAAGACUAAGUUAAAUGCUUAGCAGUCUUAAAAAAAUGUGGAGCAAAUUGCAAUGCGAUAUUAGGAAAAUUACUCCCUGUACAACUAAAUUAUGGGAAUACUGAAUGGUUUGAGGAAGUAUUUUGCCAAUCUGCUCUUCAUAUAUGUUGAGAAAAGGAAGAAAGUGAAAAGAGGUGUUCUUUCCUGUACAUGUGUAUGUGUCAAGAGCAUACGACAUGUAAAUGUGUCAGUCAUUUGUGUGCACAUGUGUGUGUACUAUACACAUUGACACUAAUCUAUGGGUUGAGCUUGGUUGAGCAGAGCAACUCUACAUGUACUUCUUAAUCAGUAUUAAACAGCAUUUUCUAAGAACGUGGAAGAAGAAAUCAGAGUGUAGUUCUAUGUGAAAACAUUCAAAGUAAACAACAUCCUCUAGGGAUUUGGAUGAUCUAAUUGUUUUCUUUUGUUAUACUGCAUUGUCCUCUAAAGAUGUGCGCUGCAUUAUACUUUGUACACAUAUGUAGUUGCUUGCCAAUAGUUUAAACAUUUUGCCAAGUUAUAUUUUUUUUUACAUUCAUGUAUUAUUUGUUACAUUAAUUUGUGUAGAGUAACCAGGCAUACUUAGUGUCUUGUUCAUGUAGCAAUAAUGUGGUUACAUUUUCUCAUU